UAGAUUUAGUUUUUGUUUUCAUUGAACCAGAUAUCUUUAUAAAUAAAUUAAUACUUAAGUACAUACGGUAACAAUGCGGUAUUAGUUUUUCACAUCUACAUCUUUAGCAAGCUGUCUUUACCUUCACGCUCAAUGAAGUUUCAUCUACCUACGUUUUUGGAACCUGUGCCAAAUAAAUGAGGACUCCUCGUAAACCUUCAGGGAAUAUCAGCACCAUGAGGAAAUAUUACCAACUGAUUCUCGUCAUCGUUUGUUUCGUCAGCAUCGUUUCCCUCCUCAUUUAUCGACAUGAAUACUACCGGCUUCGGUACGUGCUGGAGGUGCUCAAUUUCUUCGGGAAACCCGGACUGUCUGAGGUUGAAUUCUGCGGCCCAGGAUUCAACGCGACAAUGCUAUCAGAGAUCCUAAGAAACUCAUCGAUGGAAGUGAAAGAAACGCCGCCGCUGUUUCAAGAAAUCGAUGAAAAUUUUUAUUCCUACUCAUCGUUUUUGAUAUCUUAUCAGAAAUAUGAGAAGCUAACGCCGUCGAAUGCUCAUGUAAUCAAUACUAUUGUGAUCGGUAAAUCGCACGCUUUACCAAAUUUUCGGUGUAAUAUUUGGCUAGAGAACAACAAUAAACCAAAACAGGGGAGAUUCAGCCACAAAGUGCUAGCUGAGAAUAUAGGUGAUUUUAAUUUGUACAUUUUCCAGUGCUCAAUGGCCAAGAACUUCGGCGUACCGAAGGGGAUCAGUUUUUAUGUCAAUGACUACAACAUAAACCCAAUAAAUGCUCCAAUCAAUAAAGUGAUACAGGUGAGUACAAAGAGGAAAAUUAGGGAGAAAUCUAGCAUUAAGUUUGUGAAUAACAUAGAGCUGGCAAUGUGUGUCAUACCCAACAGUGUACCUAUUGUCUCCCGAGACGCAUUCAUAGAAUUUCUUGUGUUCCAUCACAUGAUGGGAGUCAAUCAUUUUACAAUUUACGACAGUAUGAUAUCAGAAGACAUCAUAAAGAGGUUAAACCUUUUUCCUUCAGAAAUUACUCAAUGGAAUAUUCAAUUUUUCCCAUUGAAUUAUCCAUUUGUCUUUGCUAAGUCUUAUCCCAUUGUGAGACAAGCUAUUGAACUGGACUGUUUGUUUAGAAACUUUAAAUAUGACAAGGAGGAGUCUAAUAAGAUCAGCCAUGCCAUUGUGCUAUCUUGGGAUGAGUUUUUAACACCUCGAGUCCACAACAAUAUCAAGGGAGUAUUAGAUGACAUAGACCCCACAAGAUCUUUCAGAACUUAUGUUGUAGAAUCACUGAUGUUCUGCUUGAACCAAAACGAUGAUGACAAUGCAGAAAUGGGUUACCCGGAUAUCAUGAAGAAGACUCACUACUAUCAAAUGCCUCAGAAAAAUAAUCCUGUGCACAUAAGAAACUUGGAGACCAUGAAAUUGUUUAGUGAUAUAUUAGAUUUAACUUCGAGUAAUAAAGACAUCCCGCUAGAUUUACUAGGAGCGCAGCAGUAUGCAGUGUGUAGGGAUCCCAAAAAGUUUGAUCCCAGAGGUUACAAUGAAACAGAAAUGCAAGUGUUUCAACACAAGUUUGAAGGGGCCAUGUUGAAGUUUGCCCAGAGUUUAAUGAGCAAUAAAAUUUAUCGACUUUACAGAUCAGGCCAAAUAUGGGAGAAAAGUACAGUUGAUAACACGAGAGAUAUGUUAUGAACUGAGUUAAAUUAUUUAUAAGCUUGCUGAAAUUUGCCAAGUGCGUAAAAAUAAUCUAAUCAUGUUUUAUUAAUUUAUAAAUUUAAGAUAUGAACAAAAUCAUGCUGCCAUAAAAAUGUAGUUCCAAUUCAAACCCAAAAAAGAAUGAAAAUUCAUCAUUCUAAAGUGUACCUUAUAGGUAUUUAUUGUUUGUCUUUCCAAUUUCCAUAUUAGGAAUUAAAAGAAAAUUAUUGCAUUAAAAUUUCAACUUGUCUUUAUGCUCUCUCCUAUUAAAUAUGAGACACUUAGCUAACUUUUAUCCUAUAACUUUUUUAUAUAUCUGCACUGUGUAGGGCUUAUUUCUAGUUAUCCUAUAGUGCACUGUUAUUUGUAUUUAAAAAAGUUGCUUAGGUCAAACCAUUGUUUAUAAAGAAAUAUUAUUUGACCCUAAUUUUAUGUACUAUCAGAGAAACUGACUUGUAAGCAGAUUUUGGCAUAACCAGACCAAAUUACAACAGUACACGAUACACCCUUUGUAAUUUGGUCUGGUUAUGCCAAAACCAAUAUAACAUAGGUACGCCAUCUGCCUAUGGAUCAAUUUCCCUGAUUGUACAACUCUGUAGGGUUAGUUUUGUAAGCAAGCAAUGUUAUCCUAAUUAUUUAUACAUAUUUUCUGUUUUAAUGUUGUUAAUAGAGAAAGAAUUUGUGCCUUGAUGUAUGAGGGUAGUUAGAAGUUAUAUUUAUUUCUAUUUAAAAUGUUUUGUGCUAAGAUAAAUAUAUAAGACUGCAUAAGUAUGUAGUGUUUUGUCAAGUUAUCACAUAAAUGCUAGAACAAUAUGAAUAUUGUAUUAAGAUUAAGGGUGAAGCGUGAGUUGUGAGUCGCGAGUCGCUGAAUUUCGGCUGACAGAAAUUCUGCUGCAUUCAGUUUUAUACAAAAGUUCUGUUU